AUGGAAGAUGCUGGGAAAGGUGAGGAAAGCACAGAAUUCCAAAUUCUAUUAGAAGCCUUGGAAACUGAGAUGUCGGUUCAAGGUAGUAAGAAUGUUACGUUGAAGUUAGAGCUGCAGCAACUCAUAGUUACUUUGACUGGUGACAUUACGUGGAAUUUCCAUGCUAUUGAACAAACUCCGCUGGAAGCCGUCAAUUUCUUUGUGCAGUUCAACACCCAGCUAUUUUCCAAGGUUGAUUUCCUCCAAUACAAAGUAUCGGUGUUGGAGGAAGCGUUGCAAUCUAAGGACCACUACAUAAGCUUCUUGACCGAGAACUAUCGAGCGGUAAACGGCGAUGAGCUCUUGAAAAGGUACAGGGGAGGGGAUGCGGCUAGAAAGUAUUCCAAGUCAGAGACUUUGAGCAGAAUUAUGGAAACAUACAACGCAAAGAAGGGCAGAUGGAGUGUAAUCAGAGCAAACUUGAAAAACAGCUCUAUAUGCACCGACUCAAUGAAAGAUCAAGGAGGUCCUCCUAUUGAAGUAGUUUCAACAAACGCCAGAGAAACUAGCCCCCACUGGAACCAAAGUACUCAUGAUAUGCCUCCUCCAUCGUCUUCCAAAAAGAGGCGAAUUGGGGGGAUGACUAUUGGCAAGCGGGUGAGAAGAGAUGGAAAGCAAACCAACAAUCUGCAACAAGAAAUCGAAGAAAUCGAAACUCAGGUUGAUACAUAUCCAGAUCGUGAAUAA